AAUCCUACAUCUCAGCCAGCCCAGUAUGGUGCUUAGUGAGCGGUUCCAUCGUUGAGAUAUUGUUUCUGCCAUAUGUUUGAUAAUAUAUUUUUACUCACUUUAAGUGAAAUAUUAUAGUAUGUGAAUAAAAUAUAACAAAAAAUUUACAACUCCCGUUCGGCAGAUUCUGACAAAAGAGAAUUUAAACAAUAAAAACCAUUCCAUGUCCUUACCGUGGAAGAAUAGUGAUUACCGUGGUCGAAAUAGUCCACGGUAUUCCGUGGUAAUGACUACCACGGUAAUGACAAAAAUUAAUAUUUUGUCACAUAACCCUGAACAUAGUUAAUGUUCUAGAACAUUCUUCGAAUUACGUCAUAACAAUUCGAAUAGGUUUUCGUAUCAAAUAGGAUUCGUAUUAAAAUGACUUCCACUUACCGAGAAAUAAGACAUACAGACCUGACAUAAUUUUUUGGGUGGACAUAUCGAUUUAUUAUUGAAAAAUUAAAUAUAUGCGGAGAACAAAGGUUGAAGUGUGUUCACACUGUCGAUUACUAGGCAUUUAGGCAACGAAGGGCGCGCGGGGGCAGCAGCAGAGGAUCUCAACACGGCUUUCUAUUGGACAGCUAUAUGAUGUGCAAGUAGCAUCCACCGAAAUGAUGGUACCGCGGGGCCCUAAAAGUUCGAUGUUGGCAUUUACUUUUGUACGAUACUAUUUAAUUUGUGCAAUCAAUAAUGAAUGUACUUAAGGGGCCCACUGAUUACCAGUUCGCCGGACGAUAUCGGCCUGUUAGUUAUUCGCGAUUGUCAGUUUUGAGCGGCAAAAAUUUAAUUAAGUAGCAAAAUAUACUGACCAGCUUCCAAACAAAUUCGGACCAGCUAAGAAAGUAUCUGUCAAAAAUUUAUUAGUCAGCAAUAAAACAAGCUUAUUUCAGUUUCAAGUUUUCAACUGCUUCGGCGCUGUGGGAUGUAAUGUACCUACACCUACACCCAGAUGCAAAAGUGCAUGGCCACUUCAUGAAUGAAUGCUAUUAAUUGAAUCCCUGCAAUCUUGCUGGUCGCUGUACAGUCAAAGUAUUAAAUGUGGAUGCAGCCAAAACGCCAAAAAUAUGUACACACACACACACACACACUCAUGUAUGGGCAAUAAUAAGCAAUUGGUUAUGCAUGUAAUAAGGCAAUAAGGUGGCUAAGGCUAAGGUUGGUCCAAAGCUGUGGAUGGAGUCCCCGACAUGCUCGGCCGAAUUUCACCUUCCCAUACAAACGGAGUUUCGGUGUGAGAGUCAGAAUGGCGGGUGUACGUAAAUAAAAUUAAAUGAAAACAUUGAAAACCAUACCAUAUUUUGUACCUAAUUUUUACUAUUUAGUACCUCCUUACAGUGUUGCUGUGUGAUUUUUGUUUAAUGCAUGCAAAACCUAAAAAUAUAUUAUUUUCACAAAAAAAAAAUGGACAGGACACACAACUACAAACAACUGAAAAGGCGUCAAUAUAUAAAUAUUGAAGCCUUUUUUAAACCAUGAAACUAUGGACCUUAAUUUUUUCUAGGAUCUAUUUUGAAGGGAAAUGCAACAGCAAAUGCCACUCUUAGAUUUUUCUAAACUAAGAGUGGCAUUUUCUAUUUCAAAAGCAGAGAAAAAUGCAGGAAAAAGGUUUACCCUUCAUAGGCACCUGUUAAGGGUGCUUUAAAGGUGUCUAAGCCAUGUAAAAAAGACGCUGCGUUUGAACAGGUCAGGAGGUGUACAUGGUUUCAACAGUCAACCAAGGAGCUGAUUAGUUGACAAUGCACAAUUAAGUCUGAGACAAAGAGGAUGACAGUGUGGGAAGGCGCGUGGCGGCCGGCGCGGGGGGCGACUUGCGCGCGCAUCCUCGCCCGGCCGCGAGCAACAGUCUGCUCGCGUGAAGCUCGCGGCACGCCAGACGACCACGCGUAACCAUGACCCAUGGUAAGCACUAUACCAUCAUAAACCUCACGAAAACCCCGCGAACGCCUAAACGCGCUCAGAACCACCCGUAUUGUUGACAUAAACACGGUGCCAUCGCACUUUUCUGUGAUGAUUCCGAACUUAUAUUCAUUAUUUAUUUACGCUGCGCUAGAGAUACGGAAAGGACUAAUUCGACGUUAAUAUAUGAUUUAAAUUCUCCAAGUCGUAUGAUAAUAAAAAAAAUAGAUUUCAAUGACGACAAUUCGGUACAAUUUGAGUACUAUAUCAUACUUUUUGUUGGUGUGCAAGUUUUCCCCAAUUUUUCACUAUUUUAGAGAGAAAAGAUAAUCUUAAAAUAAAGUUAUUAAUAUAUCGAAAUAAUCGGAAUCAAUGUGAAUUUUAACUUAAGGCCAAAAUCAUCAGCUACGGAUUUGAAAUCACCACAUGAGCAACUGCGUGGCGAAAUAAUUAUCAGUUGCAAUACAAUGUUUGAAGCGGGGUGGCGCGCGGUAGCAGCCGGCACGACGCGAUGAUCGGCCACAUGCGCCGGCCGCGCGCUCACCAUGCGACAGCCCUCGACCGAAACGGUCGACAAAGCAGUAUGCACGGAGGAGACAGGCGCGGCGCGGCUCGAGGCAGUGCUGGUAGCGCUGGUGGAGCGCAAGGCGCGCGCGCUGCACGCCGAGCAGGCGCGGCGCCGCCUGCGGCAUCCGCUGCUGCUGCUGCUGCGAGACCAUGUGGACGAAGAGGCGUCCAUGGUGGGCAGUCCAGGGGAGGUGCUGCCUUCUCACUGGUGCGAGCACGAGCACCGCAAGCAUAAGAACCUCAAGCUGCACAUGCACCCCGAUGUAAUGUUCGACAGUGAGCUGGACAGCCCGGAGGCGCUCGAGCUAGAGCGGCGACGGCGUCGGCGUAAACGGCGACAGCGCGCCGCCGCCGCCGCCGCGCAGCCGAGAAAACACCGCACGCUACUUGUCUCCGCCAUCGACGAACAGGCUAAAGUUAUACACGUCCUCGACCCCGACGAGCUUCCUCGGCGGGCCCGCUACACCAUCAUGGUGACCGCGUGCCUCCUACUCUUCCUCUGUCUGUUGUUAGUCGGCGUCACCUUGCGGAUGGCGCCUCUCAUUGAUGAUAUGGUACGCCAGGAGAACGAGCGUAUGAUGCACGACGUCCUCCAGCUCCCGCCUGGAAAUCGCACCCAGUUGUCGGGGGCAUUGCGCUGACGCCGCGCUACUCGCCGAAGCCGCGGCUGGACAAUGUGCGGCCCGCCGCUGCCCCUCCAGAGGAACCCGAACCUGAUCAGCCCGAUGCUGACACUGACGCUCCCGAGGCCCACGCCGAGGCCCUCGUCGGCUCCCUUA